AAUAGAGUCAUCCCCCAGAAAGGGUUUUCCUCUCUCCCUUGGCCUCACCUUCUCCUCUCUUCUUUGCUCUCCGCAGAAGAGAGAGAAACUCUCAGAACUCUCUCUCUCCCUCUCUCUUCCGUCUGCCUUCGUUCUCUCUCUCUCUCUCUCUCUCUCUCUCAAGCGCGUGCGCGCGCCCUGAGAUUUGGCCUCUGCGGGCGGCCGAUUCUCGCUACAUCUUCGUUGAUCGGACGGCGGCGACUCUCUUUCGAAACUGAACGGUUGAGGUAUUAUGCAGGCUGAUCAGACGGUGUUGAGCUUGAGGCCUGGUGGUGGAGCCAACCGAGGAAGCAAACUCCUUGGUUCGCGGUUCGAGUCCUCUGCUCUCGGUUCUUCGUCUUCUGCUUUGUCUUCUGAUCUUCCUCUGCUGCGUCCCCAUGGUGGUGCAUCUGCUGCUUUCUUCCAAAAGACUGGAGACUUGCGCUUUGAGGGCCAUGACCGUGUGCGGUAUACCCGAGACCAGCUGUUCCAGCUUAGGGAGGUUGUUGACGUCCCUGAGGAUAUCUUGAAGAUCAAACAAGAAAUUGAAGCUGAAUUUUUUAGUGAAGAUCAAAAUUGGAGUCGAGGAGAAAGCACUCUGCUAAAUCAAUCUCAGAGUCGGUACUCUGAGCCAGACAAUCGUGAUUGGCGUGUCCGUUCUGCACAGUUUCCGACCUCUGGAGAGGAGAGGUCCUGGGAAGCUAUUCGAGAGAACAGAGAUUUUGCUGGUAGAUUUGACUAUAGACAGUCGGAAUCAAAUCAAUUCAAUCGCCAAGACCAACUCAGCUCCCAAUUUGCUAGGACACAAAUCUCCCAAGUGGGAGGACCUGCUCCAGCUCUAAUUAAGGCUGAAGUGCCCUGGUCUGCUCGAAGAGGGAGUCUCACUGAGAAUGAGCGGGUCUUGAAGACUGUAAAAGGGAUUCUGAACAAGCUGACGCCAGAGAAGUUUGAUGUUCUAAAGGGUCAACUGAUCGACUCCGGGAUCACUUCUGCUGACAUCUUAAAGGAUGUUAUCUCACUUAUAUUUGAGAAGGCUGUGCUGGAACCUACAUUUUGCCCUAUGUAUGCUCUUCUGUGCUCCGAUCUCAAUGAAAAGCUCCCCCCAUUCCCAUCUGAUGAACCUGGGGGUCAAGAAGUCAAGUUUAAGCGUUUACUCUUGAAUAAUUGCCAGGAGGCAUUUGAAGGCGCUGACAAGCUGAGGGCAGAAAUAAGGCAGAUGACUGCCCCUGAGCAAGAGAUGGAACGCAGAGAUAAAGAAAGAAUGGUCAAACUUCGCACUCUUGGAAACAUCCGUCUUAUUGGGGAGCUUCUGAAGCAGAAGAUGGUUCCUGAAAGGAUUGUCCAUCACAUUGUUCAGGAACUUUUAGGGCAUGAUACUAAAACAUGUCCUGAUGAGGAAAAUGUGGAGGCUAUAUGUCAGUUUUUCAACACUAUUGGUAAGCAACUUGAUGAAAGCCCAAAGUCACGGCGGAUUAAUGAUGUGUACUUUGCCCGAUUGAAGGAACUGACAGCAAAUCCUCAGUUGGCUCCACGAAUGAGAUUUAUGAUUCGUGAUGUUCUUGAUCUGCGUGCAAAUAACUGGGUUCCCAGGCGCGAAGAAGUGAAAGCAAAAACUAUAACUGAAAUACACUCGGAAGCGGAAAAAAAUCUUGGCCUGCGUCCAGGUGCCACUGCAAGUAUUAGAAAUAAUCGCGGUAUUGUUUCUGGUGCUCAAGGGAGUAUUGGCUUUCCUAUCAAUCGACCAGGCUCUGGGGGAAUGAUGCCUGGAAUGCCUGGUGCUAGGAAAAUGCCUGGGAUGCCUGGAAUUGAUAAUGACAAUUGGGAGGUUCCAAGGGCUCGGUCAGUGGCGAAGGGAGAUGGAUCGAGUGUUCAGCCUGCUGGACGUGUCCAACCACCAUUAAUUGGUAGGCCAGCUUCAUUGAACUCCAGACUGUUACCCCAGGGUAGUGGCGGUCUUAUUAGUGGCAAGACUAGUGCCCUGCUGCAAGGCAGCGGUGCUCCUCCUGUUCGCCCUUCCAACAUUGGUUUGGGUGUGGACCAUGUGUCUCAGACCCCUGUCCCGGCUAAGCCUGUUCCAGCAGCAUCUAUGCCUCCAGCUGCUGAUAGACCCCAGGCUACUGUGUCAAGGUUGAAUCCGGAUGAACUUCGUAGAAAAACAGUCUCCCUUCUGGAGGAAUAUUUCGGUGUCCUGAUUUUGGAUGAGGCAUUACAGUGUGUGGAGGAACUGAAUUCCCCAGCUUACCAUCCUGAGGUUGUCAAGGAAGCCAUUUCUCUUGCGCUGGAGAAAAGCCCACCAUGUGUUGAACCUGUCGCAAAACUUCUAGACUACUUGUUUUCUAAGAAAGUUCUUACUGCUAGAGAUAUAGGUACUGGAUGCUUACUUUAUGGCUCAAUGAUGGAUGAUAUUGGAAUUGACCUACCAAAAGCACCAAAUUAUUUUGGAGAAAUAAUGGGAAAACUAGUUUUGGCUAGAGGAUUGGACUUCAAAGUGGUUAAAGAAGUCUUGAAGAAGAUGGAUGAUGAGAGGUUUCGGAAAGCUAUAUUCGAUGCUGCAAAGAGAAUUGUUGAUUCCAGUCCUUCUGGGCAAUCACUGUUGGAUUCACAGAUAUCUGAUAUUGAGGCUUGCCGAGACCUGCUUUAGUCAGCCUACUCUUUUUGGCACGAGUAGUUCAUUUCUGUAACUGCAUAAUCAUCUGUCGUCACGACAUUUGCUUCUUCAUAGUGCCUCUCCAUUUACUUUCGAGGCAAUCAACUUGUAUUACAGUAUGUGAUAAGGUGGAGCGCGAAGAACAGGUAAUUUUAAUUGAGUUGUAUAUUUUUUCAAUGUUAUAGUUGUGUGUUCUAUUGAAAAAAGAAAUCAAAACAUAAUGUUGUGGAUUUUGUUCUCGAGCAUGGCCAAUCGUGCUGAUUUCUUCAAGAUGAAUGGCCCUUCAUGGGACCCAGUUGUUUUGUAUUGAUUAGUUUUAAAAAUUUUUUU